AUGAAACCAUAUCAGAUUUAUGCAAAUUCUUCCUGCCAAGCCAAGAAUCUAUCAGGACAUUCUGUGGAACAAUCGAAAAUACCGUCGUCAUCCUCAAGUUUCUGGGAUUAUGUAGCGGAUAGGAUUAAAUCGAAAUCCAAAAAACCAUGUAGUUGUGAACCGCCUCCUCCACCCCAUUGUAACCUUGAUAGUUGUGAGGUUUUAAAUCCAAAACUAAGUAACGAAAAUAAACCGAUGUCCCCAAAACCUCGUAGUACUGGCGAAAUGCCAAGCUCACCGCCGAAACUGAAAACUCAAUUAGAAUGUAAAUGUACUAAUACACAAGCUCAAGACCAGGACGAAGCGCCCACGUCUUGCCAAGAGCCACAUGAUGUCAUAACAAAAAAUUUAAUAGAUAAAUAUAAAGGUCAAAUUCUUUGUAUACACAAUCCCCCUUGCAUUUUAAUCAAUGGCUGCCUUAACUUACCUCCUCCAAAACCAACCGGAAUGUCCAAUGUGUGGCGCCUCAGUCAAAGCAAGAGAUCUAGCUUCCGAGAAGGCAAUAAAUGCCAAAAAUACACUGAAAGUUCGUGUCAGUAUCAGCCUCCAGACGCCGUGCAAGAGUGUCUCCCAGAAUUUCAAACAGAAAAAAUCGUACAAAGCAUUUGUAACCACGAUCCACCCUGCGAAGUAGUGCGCAGGUGCUAUAGACCCAAACAUGACGCUAAGUUCCGAGAUUCCUGUGUUCAUGUGCCGAUGUGUAAAAAGUUGCCUGAAUGUCUAAUCGUCGAAGGAGAAACAGAUGAGCAAGACGGGGAUUGCUCGCACAGUCCGAAGUGUGCAGAAGUACCAAUAUGCUCAAAGAAAUUCAUGACGCUCACAGCUAAGGAAGAUACUAGUACCCAAGUGAAAGCUAAAACGAGAAUGGUGUGUCGACACGAGCCCCCUUGCUUGAUGAUCCCGAAGUGCAUAGGCCGCGUCAUUUGCACGGAGUCUGUGCCUUGUGACGCCAUACCAGAUUGCGUGCACCAACCCUGCUGCGAAUACAUACCAGCGUGUUGCAGACGGGCUGCUAAAGAAAUGGUUUCUGUUUCAUGUCAAUAUCCAUACGCUCCCUGUCGUAUAGUUUAA